CUGGAAGCUCAGUUGACCAGCGUCGCAACUGAGCGAUGCGCCUCCCGGAGAGCCUCUCUAGCUUUUUGCGGCAGAUUUGACAUUCCCAUCGCUCUACAUCCUCGCAUCUGAGUGACAUUUUUGAGUUUUGUUUAGUUUAUUUUUUUUAACCCCACCUUUCCACACAUUUAUUCGCUUUAGAAUAAUUUUGAUUUCGAUAAACUUACCCCAGGACAAGGUUUUCUGUGACAUCUGAAAACUGACCACUCGCAACAGGCAUUCUUUCCUCCUCCCCACCACCGCCACCUCCUGAACGAACGACCCCUGCUGGGAGAUUUGUCUUUUUUCACAACACUGAUUUUCUUUUUAAUUUUUUCUUAUAACCACACAGUGACAGCUGAUUAUUCAAUCGAAGAUGGAACAAGAAACUUCCGACAAACUCGCUUGAUCUUGGUGAAUUUUGUGCUGAGUUUGUGACAUAAAGGUUCGAAAGCAUCUUCAGGCGAGACUACUGGGAGCAGAAGAAGCAGUCACACCGUCUACAGGCUGGUAUAAGACGGACAGACAGACAGACAGACAGAGACAGCAGCAAGCAGCCACCAUGCUGUCGAUGGACGAACCGCUGGACCUGAAGCUUCCCUCGGGGCGAACACAUGGCCCCGUGAUAUUAGGAAAGAGAGCCUGCCCUUCCUCCAUCUGCGCCCCCCUCAGCAUCACCCGACCACGGAUGCAGUGUUCAACCUUCCCAUCGCCUCCUUCCUCUCCAGAUUCCCAGUUUUCCUCUCAAGAACGACCCGGGUCCUGCUUCACUCCUCCAGCCAUGGACCUCAGCCUGUCGCCCUCCUCGCGCCACGCCUCCUCCCUCUCCCCGUCUCCCUCCUCCCCGUCCUCCCCGCCUCCAUCCUCACCCUUGGAGUCCCCCCACAGCAGCAGCAGCCCUCAGCCCCAUCUCUUCUCUCGGGAUCAUCAUCGGGUUGUGGAAGGCAGAGCUUCACCGCAGGGUUAUCCAUUUUAUCUCCCGAUUAGAAGUCCACCGAGGGGCUACAGCUUUCCCUCCUCCAUGUUCAUUGGUCAUAACAGAGAGAAACCAGUGUCCCCAGAGCCAUCACUGGAUGGUCAGCUGGCCUGCCGUUGGAUGAAAUGCAACCUGUUGUUUGACUCGCUGCAGGACCUCGUGGAUCAUAUCAACGACUUCCACGUCAAACCUGAAAAAGAUUCAGGCUACUGCUGCCAGUGGGAGGGCUGUGCUCGGAACGGGAGGGGAUUCAAUGCAAGGUAUAAAAUGCUGAUUCACAUCCGCACGCACACCAAUGAGAAGCCCCACCACUGUCCGACCUGUAACAAGAGUUUCUCUCGCCUGGAAAACCUGAAGAUACACACCCGCUCACACACAGGAGAAAAACCCUACAUCUGCCCAUAUGAAGGAUGCAGCAAGCGCUACUCCAACUCUAGCGACCGCUUCAAGCACACUCGCACCCACUAUGUGGACAAGCCCUACUACUGCAAGAUGGCAGGCUGCCUGAAGCGCUACACAGAUCCCAGCUCUCUACGCAAACACAUCAAGGCCCACGGGCACUUUGUUGCCCAGGAUCAAAAUAGUUCAAGCAGGCUGGGUACAGGGCUCGGACACCAGGGUGCCUCUGAACUGCCGCCCGUAGGCAGGGCUCAUGUCAUCAUCCCUGGGACUGCUGCAGCUCUCCUUGGGGGCCUCGGAACCUCUUUGCCGCUGUCUGCUUUCUACCAUGCCAGAGCCUUAAGUCACCACGGAGCACCUGUCUUCUCCAUAGGCGGAGGAAUAGGCAGUGGCGUGGAGCCACUUGGCCUCUCCGACUCCCCACUGUUACACUUCGGACUUUCAGCUGCAUCGAUGCUGGGGCUGGGAGCUCUGGGAGGGCUGGGGCGGCUGGCAGGGAAGGAGCCAGUGGACGAGGAGGAAGACGAGGAAGGAGAGGUGGAGGAAGUGUUGAACCUGUCUGCCGGGGUGGCUGCCAGACGAAGUGACCCCUUGUCCUGGGUGGUUGUUCCCUCAAGGGCACUCCUCCUCAAACCAGCUGUUGUCAGCUAGAAACGGUACUCAGAGGUGCAUAGAGCCAAGAGUUGGGCGUUUUCCUGUAAAUGGGUAUGCAUUCCUGUAUGGUGGGAACACAUGGACAAUAGUGGAAAAUAUGUGUUUGUUUGUGUAGCCUAUGUGUGAGUGAUCACAGCCACCAUGAGAGCCAUAGGUCUUUGUUAUGACUGUACGAAACCAGGCCUUUGAGCUCUGGGUUUUCCCACCAUCCAUGUUUGAGCUUUUUUAACAUUUAUAAUGUCACUCCACCACGUGAGAAAGGAAAAAACCAAACCAACCAUAUACAUACCAUUUUCAUUUAAUGACUUUACAAAAGUCGGCUUUGUCUGUACCAUGCUACAAUGAGAGGGGCAACUUGGUUUGGGACAUCUCUAGCAACGCUAAGUGCAACAACAGUGUUGCUUGGUUGUUUCAGAUUGAAACAUAUAAACAACUUGGACUGCCAUAUUUCAUACAGACAUUUGUAGCAUAUAUGAUGUAUCACUGCGCAACAAACUGCAUUUUGCAUCUGGGUUACACAUUCCUGACCAGAGGCUCGGUUAUCUGACAUUGGUUAUCUUCAAUCUGAUAUUCAGUACUUUGUUUUAUUUUUGCUGAACACUCUCAGCUCAGCUAGUCUUCAGUGCCAAGUUACAGAUUUCUAUAUGCUAACAACGCUUGAAUAUUAUGUUUGCUAAUCACUGGCAUGUUCAAAUUUAGCUCAAAGUACUUGUGGUAGGUUCUAAAGCAUGGACAGAAUCACUGGGCUGCAUGGUUAGAUACCACAUGAAGUAGGAGACUUACGCGAAAGAUAAAAUGCAUCAGUCCGCCCAUGUUCUGCUCAACAUCAGCCGACAAUCACGCAGCAGGCACAUCUUUGUAGAGUUGAUUUUUGACAAUCCCCAGUGACUGUUUCCACUCACCCAAUGACUCAUUCACAAAGAUGAAGGGGAAGCGGUGUAAUGGGGAGCGGUAAGGAACAGAGUCCAUACACAGCAUUAACAUUAAAGGACACACACAUUAACAUUCCAUUAACGUCUAUCAUUUUGCACAGCCCUCAUUCUUAUUAAUAGUCAACGGUUUCAUGAGAUUAAUUGGAUUUCUAAGCUUUCAUUGUUCUGCUCAAACCAAUUACAUAAAUUAGAUCAUAGUUAAUGCACUGAUUCACGAUUUGAUCUCAGUGAGUCUCUGGGCUGCUCUGUUGUUUGCUUUAGCUAUGCAUGAGUCCUUCGGCACGAACACAACACUAUAAUGUGUGAUGAAUGAUAAGAAUCCAUCCCCAUGUUCAACCGGAGUUUUCACGUCACAAGAACAAAGAAAAAAAAAGCUGUGUUGACGCAACUGAAUGUAGGUUUGAAGUGGACUCUUUUGCUUGACAUUUAUCUUUGCUCAUUCCUUUCUCUAUUAAUCAAUUGUGGACAAUGGUCUAACCGGAUCAGCCCUGCCUUUUAAAUACAUGACAUGAUUCAAGUAGAACUAAGUAGACAAAGGUGUGUAUAGGUAAUAAGUACACAUUUGCUUCAGAUGAAUGGUAAGACAUGAAAAUGUAUGUGAAGCCAAAUAAUAGCUAAAAAGCAGUCUCUCAAGUAUUUCUGAUGAGAAGUUUUUUUUUUUUUUUUUGACAAUGGUCCCCUAUGGCCAGAAUCUGUACUGAUGUAUCAUGUAUUCUUGUUUGCACAUUCAUGUAUUGUAAUCAGUAUUUCAGAGGUGUCCAAGUGCCUUGUGUUUCAGCUGAGAUAUCGCACAUCGUAUGAAAAAUAUUUACACAGAAGCAAAGUGUAUUAAAUGAACCUUUCAUUACAUUUUGGGGAAACUUUGGAAACUACCUGACAGCAGAUGUGAUUUGUACAUCAGGGCUACUACAACACUUUCCAAGGACUUCACCAGUGUUGAUGACUAUGACAAUGACUCUAUGUCAAUAAACACAAGAAAGAAAAAUCUA